AUGACUAUUAAUUCAACACCAAAGCUUGACUGGCACGCCCUGGUUGCGCAAAAGCGCAAACAGCUCGACGCCCAAAUCCCUCCGGAAUGGCGACUUAGCGACUCCUUCGUCGCUUCGCUUCCUGAAAAUGGACACCUCAUCAAGGCCGACAUUCCCCGUCGCAGUGGGAUCCUGUCUGAUGUCGAGCUCGAAAUCACGGAGAACUAUACGGCCGCGCAACUUCUUCAGAAGCUCGCCUGGGGCGAUGUCAGUUCCGUGGCAGUGACCACGGCAUUUUGUAAACGGGCAGCGAUUGCACAGCAGUUGACCUCCUGUUUAACAGAGCAUUUCUUUUCCCGCGCUCUCGAGCGAGCAAAAUACCUCGAUGACUACCUGGAACGGGAGAGGAAGGUCGUCGGACCAUUGCACGGUCUGCCGAUUAGUCUAAAAGAUAGCUUUCGCCUUGAGGGUAUCCAAAGCACCAUAGGAUACGCUUCAUUCCUGGCAACCCCUCCUGCCAGCUCCAACUCGGCCCUGGUGAACAUGCUCCUAGAUCUAGGUGCCGUGCUCUACGUCAAGACGAACAUCCCUCAGACCAUGAUGACCGGCGACUCCGACAACAACAUCUACGGCCGCACUUUGAACCCACACGACACGAGCCUCACAGCCGGCGGCUCCAGCGGCGGCGAAGGCGCCCUCGUCGCCUUCCGCGGAUCCAUUCUCGGCGUAGGCACCGACAUCGCGGGAUCGAUCCGCAUCCCGGCCCUCUGCUGCGGCGUGUACGGCUUCAAGCCUUCGAUCGACCGGAUUCCCUUCGGCGGACAAGUCACGGGUGCUGUUGAGAGCACACCGGGCCUGAAACCCUCCGCGGGUCCUCUCGCACAUUCCCUUGACGAUAUCGAGCUGUUCAUGUCUACUGUCCUGGCUGCAGAGCCCUGGAAGUACGAUAUCACAGCUACAGCGGCGCCUUGGGCUUCUGUUCCUCCUCUUCAAUCUGCUUCGCUUCUCAAGAUCGGCAUCCUCCCUGAAGAUCCGCACUUCCCUCUCCACCCGCCGGUCCGUCGAGCGCUUGACUCCGCCAUCGCGGCUCUAUCUAGCCAAGGCCAUCGAAUCAUCCACCUUGACACCGCCCCUGACACAGACACCGACACCGACAGUCACAAAAACCCCAGUAAACAACUCGCCUACGCCAACCGCCUCGCCUUCCAAUACUUCACCUACGGCCUACACACCGACCACAUGGCUAGCAGCGGCGAACCCGCCGUACCAUCCGUCCAACGCGGCUCGAAUCCCAUGUUCACCGGUCCGUUCCCGGUAGACCAGGACCUACGGGUCUUCGAGACGAUUGACGCACUGCAUACCGCGAGACAGAAGUACUGCGAUGCCUGGCGCAAGUUAUGGGUACAGAAUGGACUAGAUGUGGUGCUGGGUCCGGGGGCGCAGAAUACGGCUGUGCCGCAUGAUACGUUCGGGUGGCCGCCUUAUACGUUGGUGUGGAAUUUGUUGGAUUGCCCUGCAUGUAUCAUUCCCUACGGCCACUCGUCGAGCGAGCUGGAUCCAGAAGAAAUGAGAGUUGGAGAUGAGGUGCAGCCGAAUUACAACCCCAACCGCACCCACGGCGCCCCUUGCGCCAUCCAAAUCAUCGCGCCGCGCUUCCAGGACGAGAAGUGUCUUUCGGCGGCGAGGGUUAUUGAUCGAGAUAUUCGGAGGAGGAGGAAGGAGUCCACUGCGUCGUUAUAG